CAAUUCCCAAACAGAGCCUAAAUUCCAUUUUUUGGUCCCUUCUUCACUAGUACUCUUUCACUGAAAAUCGUGGUUCCAUGAAGAUGUUCAUCUUCAUCGCCCGAACCUAUCGCCGGAAACCACCCUCACUCUCUCUCUUCUUCACGCGCCACCACCUCUCCUCCUUCUCCACCACCACCACCAUCACAACCCCUCCUUCCUCCAACCUCCACACCAAGUACUCCUUCAAACCCCCACUCUCUCUCGACCAAAACCCUAACCCUAACCCCAAAAACCCAACCACCAAGAAGCCGCAAAAGCCGCCGUACCGUCCGCCAUCGUCGCUUGACCGCGGCGGAGCAAAGCCGGUUCGCUCGGACCUGCCUUUCGAUUUCCGGUUCAGCUACACCGAGAGUAACCCGGAUGUGAGGCCAAUUGGACUCCGAGAGCCGAAGUACUCGCCUUUCGGGCCGGAUCGGCUGGACCGGGUCUGGACCGGAGUGUGUGCUCCGGCGGUGGAGCUAAGAGUUGGGUCGGUGGAGGAUGGGAAGGAGGAUUCGAAGUUGGAGGAGAAGAGGAAGAAGAUGAGAGAGAAGACUUUGGGGGAGCCAUUGACGAAUGCUGAGAGGAAGGCUCUGGUGGACCGGUGUCAGAGUCCUAGAACAAAGCGCCAGAUUAAUUUGGGAAGGGAUGGUUUAACACACAACAUGUUGAAUGAUAUUCAUAAUCACUGGAAACACGCUGAGGCUGUCAGGGUGAAGUGUAUGGGUGUACCGACCGUUGAUAUGAAAAAUGUUUGCACUCAGCUAGAGGAUAAAACAUUUGGCAAGAUUAUCCAUAGACAUGGUGGUCUACUCAUAUUAUACAGGGGCAGGAAUUAUAUCCCCAAGAAGAGACCCGUGAUUCCUUUAAUGCUGUGGAAGCCUCACGAGCCUGUAUAUCCUAGGCUUAUCAAAACUACGAUUGAUGGCCUUAGCAUUGAAGAAACAAAGGGAAUGAGAAAGAAAGGAUUGGCUGUUCCUGCCUUAACAAAACUUGCUAAAAAUGGUUAUUAUGGUAGUCUUGUACCUAUGGUUCGAGAUGCUUUUCUUGCCAGUGAGUUGGUUCGGAUAGAUUGCCAAGGCCUUGAAAAGAGUGACUACAAGAAACUAGGCUGCAAACUGAGG